GUAUGAUAAGCGCCACUAUGGUGACAGUUAAAAUAGUGUAAAUGCUCCCGCGGAAAGGCAGUUUGAAGGAUUAGUUUAUUGGUGUGAGCACUGGAAAGGCAACUAAGCUCGUGGGGCUCCCCUUCCUGUAACAGAGCCACAAUGGUAAAGGAAACCGAGUACUAUGAUGUCCUUGGUGUCACUCCUUCUGUUUCUGAGGAAGAAAUUCGCAAGGCCUAUUAUCUUAAGGCAAGGCAAGUUCAUCCAGAUAAAAAUCCGAACGAUCCUCAAGCUGCUGAAAGAUUUCAGGUACUAGGUGAGGCUUACCAAGUUUUGAGUGAUCCAGUGCAAAGAGAUUCAUACGAUCGUAAUGGAAAGUACAGCAUAUCAAGGGAAACCAUGCUUGACCCUACAGCGGUCUUUGCUCUUUUAUUUGGAAGUGAAUUGUUUGAAGACUAUGUAGGACAUCUGGCAGUGGCAUCAAUGGCUUCUUCCGAAUUAGUUGGAGAUACUGAAAACCCUGGGAAACUACAUGAUAAGUUAAAGGCUGUCCAGCGAGAAAGAGAAGAAAAGCUAGCAAGGUUAUUGAAAGAUUUUCUAAAUCAGUAUGUUAGAGGUGACAAGGAUGGGUUCAUAAGACACGCGGAAACUGAAGCCAAACGACUUUCUGAUGCAGCUUUUGGAAUUGAAAUGUUAAACACCAUCGGCUACAUAUACUCGAGGCAAGCAGCACUAGAGCUUGGAAAGAAAGCCAUAUUCCUUGGAGUACCAUUCUUGGCUGAGUGGGUUCGGAACAAAGGACAUUUCUGGAAGUCCCAGCUAACUGCUGCAAAAGGUGCUUUUCAGUUAUUACAACUCCAAGAAGACAUGCGUAGAAAUUUUAAGAUGGAGGGAAAUGGGAGUAGCCAAGAGAGCGAUUUAGAAUCCCACAUACGGUUAAACAAAGACACACUUAUGAACUCUCUGUGGAAGUUGAAUGUUGUUGAUAUUGAAGUAACCCUUUUACACGUUUGCCAAUUGGUGCUUAAGGAGAAUAAUGUUAAGAAAGAAGAACUUAAACUUCGUGCUCUGGCUCUCAAAUUACUAGGCAAGAUAUUUCAGGAGGAAAAACAUGCUCGAAAUGGCGGGACUUCCAGAAGGAAGAAUGAAGCUGAUAGUGAUGAUGAUGACAGCAGUUCUGACAGCGAAGACGACUCAUCAAGAUCACUCACGUAUCGAACACCAUUUCUAACCCAGGGCAUAGGUAGACUCUUUAGAUGCCUUUGCAACCCAGCGUUCGAUGUGGACGAUGAAGAGAUUGUGUACAAAAGCAAAUGAGUUCGUAUACACGGCAACCAUUCACUAUACGCAAUGCUGUUCCUUACGAAAUGGCAACAUUAACUUUGUAUUCUGCUACCGUUGACAAACUAAGAGCUGAAGACCAAACAUUGGGUGUAUAUCAGGAAAUAAAUAUAAGAAAAAGUGUGCAUUGAUAGGAUUUUUCCACUCCGACUUUGAGUUCUUAUAACAGAGAAAGCUCUUGAUUUGUGUUUGUAUUUUCUGUAUUUGUUUUACUAUUACAGAUAUUGUCAUCUCAUUCGGGCACAACAUCACUGAUUGCAAACUUCACUGCUUUUAAAAGCAAAUGAAAUUAUUUUCGUAUUGAUUUUGC